GCUUCACGUCUCAAAAUGAAUCAAAGUAUUUUCUAUGUUUAUUUUGUUUUUUAAAGUAUCCAAUUGGAAAGAGCCUCUUUUGAAAGUUGGGUCACGGUAGAUAAAUCCGAUAAUAAAUUCUACAAAACAUUAUAAGAGAGUGUCGUAUAAUCAGUGACAAAGAUAAGCCCAAAAGGAUUUUUGUGAUACAGUAUUUAACUAUGUAACAGACGUUUAAAGCUGUUUGUGUAAUUUAAGAUUUCGUGACAUCCGUUCGAACAAAAUUAAAUUUGGAAACUUUACCAGGCAUAUUUUCAUCAAUAAUAAAUUUCCUUUACAAGUAACUUGAAUUCAAAGAACGAUGAAAAAUAUUUUUAUAAUUUUGAGUGUUGUUGUUCAUGGUGUUUUCCCUCUCGACGAUAAUGUGUUCAGUAAAAGGAAUGAGUUGUCUAAUAUGUUUUGUCCUGUUGCUGUUCUGGACUUUGGAUUGCAAAAGACAGGAACAAGAUGCGCCUCACUGUGUAGCAGUUCCACGACAUGCAAAGGUUUCUUUUAUCAUAAGCAGGAUAAAAUCUGCAAAGGAGCUGAAGAAAUGAUCUUCAAUACUGACGGAUGUCAAAUUAUGGCUGGCACUAAUUAUUAUCAAAACACAGAGGUUACCAGUACAACAUCCACUACUUCAACAACAACAACAGCUACAACAACAAAAGCAGCGACAACAACAGCGGCGCUGACGACAACUACAGCAACAACUACAAUUUCAAGCCAGUAUGGUAAAGUCUGUGCCUCUGAAUCUGACUGCACUAUGGUAAACAGCAAAUGUCUGGACGGCUUUUGUUCAUGUGUUGCAGGUUACCGAUACCACUCUAGUACUGACAUGUGUAUUAUGUAUUGCUUGAAGUAUGGAAGUACAUACAUCGAGUACCGUGGGAUGGGACUAAUUGCGCAUACCAAAAUCAAUGAAUACGACAACAAAGAUGUCACGUUUUGUAAAGAUGCAUGCUCGGGCGAACUAACUUGUCUCGGGUUCAACCUUGGGGGAUCUUCCAACAAAUGUAUACUGGAAUAUGGGACCCCAUUAACACACGCUAGUGGCUUUUUAGAGAGAUCUGAUAUGAGUUAUUUUUCACGGAAUUGUGAAUAAUAUUGGUACAUCUGUGGAUCAAUCUCGUUCUACAUUGACCAAUGUGGACACUUUGUGUCUACUGUUUAAGACAUUUUCUUAUUUCUUAUCGACAAGUGUUUGGUAAUAAUCAUUAUAAAUGUCGCUUUUCCAAAUUUGAUAUUUGAAUUUGUCAGAGGUUUAAAUGAUUUUAUUUAUAUGAUAAUAUUAAUC